GUUUGUCUUUCCAAGGGUUCACGAUGAGAGCGGCCAUCGCUGUCCAGCUGAGCCUCAGCGCCCUGUGUCUAACUCUGACGCUUUCCGAUGUAGGAUUGGCAGAAGUGCUUCCUGAACCAAAUGCUGUAGAAUGUAAGUGGAGCCAGUGGUCGCAAUGGACGUCUUGUGAUCCUUGCACCAAAAGGAGAUUGCGUUCUCGAGGCAUAGAGGUGUUUGGCCAGUUCGGUGGGGAACCCUGCACAGGAGCUAUCGGUCACAGGGAGUUCUGCCAACCCACAGAGUUAUGCUCGCAGCCACCUCCCUCUCCUUGCUCGGAGUCUGAGUUCCAGUGCACAACAGAUCUGAAAACCUGCAUCAAGAAGAGAUUAGAAUGCAACGGGGACUACGACUGUGAAGACGGAUCGGAUGAGGACUGCGAUCCUGUCCGUAAACCCUGUGGGUCGUCCGACCUCGAUAACAAUGAGCAAGGCAGGACGGCAGGAUAUGGGGUCAACAUCUUGGGUGCAGAUCCUCGAAUGAACCCCUUCAAUAAUGAUUUCUUCAACGGGCGAUGUAGCAGAGUGAGGAACCCAAACACGGGGAAGUACGACAGACUUCCCUGGAAUGUUGGUGUGCUCAACUACGAAACUCUCAUAGAGGAGACUGUUUCCAGGGAGAUCUAUGAGGACACACACUCCGUCGUGAAGGAAAUGCUGAAAGAGAAGACCUUUAAAGUCGAUGCUGGACUUUCCUUCAAAUUCAAGAACAGUGAAUCGUCUUUGGCGAACGUUUCUGUUGAGGCCGGGUUGAAUUUCUCAAAGAAUGAGCUUAUUAGGGAUGUCAUAGAGUACUCUAAAAUUAAGAACAUAAGCUUCAUGAGGGUAAAAGGUAGAGUACAGCUGAGCACCUACAGGAUGCGCUCCCAUGAGUUUAACGUUGCUGAGGACUUCUUGAUGCACGUCAGAUCGCUGCCGUUGGCUUACGACAAGGGUAUUUAUUUUGCCUUCCUGGAAGACUAUGGAACCCACUACACAAGAAGUGGAAAGUCUGGAGGCGAAUAUGAACUGAUCUACGCUCUCAACCAGAACACCAUCAGGGAAAGAAACAUUACAGACAGAAGGAUUCAAGAGUGUCUCAAAGUGGGGAUCUCUGCAGACUUUGUCUUUCCAGCUGACAAAGAAGAUCAAAACAAAAAAGCACACGUCAGAGUGGAGGACUGCGAUAAAACAGUUAGCAAUAAGACAGUUAGUGCUGAUGGGAAGGCAUUGGUGGAUAAGGUGAUGACUUCAGUUAGAGGAGGAACUCUGCAGGCCGCCGUUUCUAUGAGAGCUCAACUGAGCAGGGAGGGGGUCAUGGAUAUGAAUACGUACCAAAGCUGGGCCAGGUCCAUUGCAGAUGCCCCCGCACUGAUACAGAGUGAGCCUGAGCCCAUCUACAUGUUAAUUCCACUGGACUCUCCUGACGCAAACGCCAGAAUUAUUAACUUCAGGAGGGCUACAGAAGAAUAUAUCGCCGAGUACAACACAUGCAAGUGCAAGCCCUGUCAUAAUGGAGGGACUCUAGCUCUGAUUGACGGAAAGUGUAUUUGUAUGUGUCCUGAACUGUUCGAAGGCCUGGGCUGCCAGAACUUCAAGGCAGAUAAAGCUUCACACCAAGGUAAAAAGCCCACUCCUCUCCAGGAGGGCAACUGGUCCUGCUGGGGGUCCUGGUCCGCUUGCAGCGGAGGGAAACGUAGCAGGACGCGCCGCUGCAACACCGAUGGACUCGGCCCAUCCGUCACAUGCAAAGGAGAGCUUACUAGUGAAGACUACUGCUGAAAAGCACCAUUCCUGUCUCACUGUCAACGUGUGUUCAAGUGUUAACAACACAAAUAAAGCCAACAUUUUACUACGCUUGGA